AGAGAGAGAGAGAGAGAGAGAGAGAGAGAGAGAGAGAAUGGGAGAUGGAGAAGAGAAGAUGGAGACUUUGGAGAAGAAAGAUUUGGGACUCAAAGAGCUUUCAAAGAAGCUUCAGGAAUUUGCAGAGGAGAGGGAUUGGGAGCAAUAUCACAGUCCAAGGAAUCUGCUUCUUGCUAUGGUUGGUGAAGUAGGGGAGCUAUCCGAAAUUUUCAUGUGGAGAGGAGAAGUGGCAAAGGGAUUGCCAAACUGGAAGGAAUCAGACAAGCAGCAUCUAGGUGAAGAACUAUCAGAUGUAUUGCUCUAUCUCAUUAGGCUUGCAGAUAUAUGUGGAAUUGAUCUUGCAGAUGCAGCAACCAAAAAGAUUGUCAAAAAUGCUAUCAAAUAUCCUUCCAAGACUGCAUAAAUUUCACUCAUUUGAUGCUUAUAUAUUGCUCUUCUCAGCUCUCACCUUCUUUUCAAGCCUUGCUUUGCUGUUUUACUAUGAUUAUCUAAUGUAUUAUGUAUGCUGAAUGAGAGGAAGUUGCUUGGACAUGAUGCUUAGUAUAUAAUGAAGUAAUAUUUAGUA